GGCCUGGACCAUCGACCAUCGGUACGGGCAGGUCCGACGCACACCGGCACCAAUAGAAUGAAAAUUGCUCCCGUCAUGAAGACGAUAUCGCUGAGCCAGUUAACGUCGAGUUGCAUGGAUGCCGGUUGGCAGGGCUGCCAGGUGAUCCGGUCCUUUCACGAAGCCCACAGCGAUUCCAAGGGCGGCAAGCUGAAAAUAGGAGGGGACGCCCGGAGCGUGGUCACCCAGUGCGACAUCGACGCCCAGGCAAAAAUCAUCGCGGCGCUCCGUAGCACGUGGGGGGAGGAGCUCUUGAUCAUCGGAGAAGAGGACGAGACCGAAGCCGGGGCUCUUUCCUCCGGGGCCGAUGCCCCGCCCCCUCUCCGGACCGACAUUUUGUUCGACGACCGGGAGGUCCAGAAGACCAUGGCCCCCGGUCUGGACGAGGAAAUCCCGUUGGAGGAGCUGGCCCUCUUUGUGGACCCGGUCGACGGGACCCGCGAAUUCGUGGAGGGGAGGCUGGGCAACGUGGCGUGCCUCAUCGGCAUCGCCAGGAACUCGCGCCCGGUGGCGGGGAUCAUCGGCGUGCCGUUUCCGGGUGGUGGGGAUCUGUCGUGCGGGGCCGAGAUCCACUACGCGAUUGCGGACCAAAAGGAUUUUGCCGGUGUCUGGUCCCAGAAAGAAACGCCCCCGUCCGGUGCGGGUGAGAGUGAGGGUGCGAGUGCGAGUGCGAGUACGAAUUCGGAUGCUGCGGAACAAGCCUCGAACGACGAAUCCAGCGACCGCGACGGCCACGCAGCCGGCACGACCGUUUUGUCGGGGGAUUCCGGCAAUCCGGUUCUCCAAAUAGCGACCACAACCGCCGUGUCGUUGGCACCGGGGGGCGAUGCCCGUCGCGUGAUUGUGGGUGGGACCGCGGCGAAACUCCGCAUGGUGGCAACCUCCACUAGCCCUACUGUGGCUGUCUUGCACUUCGACACCCAGCUGUGGGACACGUGCGCACCCGAGGCGCUCCUGAAGUGCAGGGGCGGAAAAAUCACGGACAUGUUUGGUGCCUCCCUGGUCCACUGCCCGAAGCGAACGAUGGGGAACGUCUUUGGCGUCGUUGCGUCUUCCAAGGGAGCAUCGGUGCUUCACGACGAGCUGUGCCGGAGCAUGCGGGCGGACCGGGAUUCGGUAAUGGCGAUCUUCCAACAAUGGAUCGGAGAGGGCAUGCCACCACCCGGGGUUUCGCAGUCGAUCGACAUUGCGAGAGAUCUCGAUGGGAUGCCCUACGGGCUCGACCAUCUCCAAGAGCUGCUUAGGGACGAAAAUCCAACGGACUCGAAGCUCGUUGGAUAUUCCGUGCCCGAAGAGGAUGCCUGGAGGGGACUCAUGUCGAACGGCGUGCGCUUCCAGCUCCAGUGGGAGGAAGGUGCAAACCCUUCCGGAAAUUCACCACCAUCCGACAUGUUUUACAAGCGGAUUGUGAUGGCAAAUCUUGAUCACGCCCGAGAUAAACUCAAGACCGCUCCGCACAAGGUACGUUGAACUAUCCACUGGUGACACCGUCGUCCAUUGCUGUAUGUUUUUCGGUGAAUGCAAUUGAUAGCAGAUUCUCACAGUUUCGUGUUCCGACCAUUGUGUCCGGGUAUUCUUCGUUGUUCAAGCUCGUACGAGAUGUGAAGAGCUAUCAAGUCGAGACAUCUUUUCUGACUAGUUAUGCGUGCAAAUACUUAGUAAACGAUACAGGAAUGAAGAUCAACAAAGUUCUCUCGUCUGAUCUGAGGCCUGUUGCUGGAGACAACCCCAAAGAGCUAUUGGACAGCUCCUUUUCGAUAUUCUUGGAGUACUUUCAAAAUUCUGAUGGAUGGGAACAGCACUGGCUGUUGCCGAGAGAGGAAACCAAGGCAUCUCUGGAAGAGUUGGCCAAAAUGCAUGCUUAUUUUUGGCAGGGUUCCGACUUUUGGAAAAAGGACGGAGGAAAGGCGGGGAGUGAUCUUGAAAACAUGGUCUGGCCGAACGGCGGCUACAUGCAACCAAAACUCCAGGGCUAUGAGCAACUCAAGAAAGUUCGGAGUGGCUGGGAAGCUCGCUACUCUUCCUUUCGUGACGACUUGGAAAAAGUUGCUGAAUUGAAGGGUGUCGAUUGUGUGCCAUUGGGAGAGAGACUGGAGGAAGUGGCUCCUAUCGUUGGCGGCAAAGCCCAUCCCUUUGCCGACAAGGAUGCUGCUACCAAUGCCGACUUUGCGAGGUAUCGCACACUGAUCCAUGGCGACCCGAAACACGCCAACUUUUUCUUCCGUAAAAAGCAAGAAUCCGGGAUCGAGGUUGGAUUGAUCGAUUUCCAAUGGUCCGGAUUCGGUCUCGCCGCUACAGGUAAGAAAAAACAAGAACCUUCUGGUCAAUAAGUUGUCGUUAUCGUUCUUUAAGCCAAAAAACAGGCAUCUCAUCUGAAUCUUUUUAUCAUUUCAAAGACGUCGCCCACCAUAUAACGAGUGCGGUUUCCAGCUCUGCUCUUUGUUUCAGUGGCAAGGAGGAAGGUGAAUUGUUAGACCAUUACUACUCGUGUCUCACAAGAGAGCUGGUAAAGUAUGGCGUAGGAAAGGACGCAGAAGAGAUUGAAACGUCGAUUUUCCCGCGAGAAACACUUCAACAGCAAUACGAAGUUGCGUUUUUGGACAUCUGCCGCAUCGUAUUUGCGUACGCAUGGAGAAGAUGGAAAGCCGAAGACGAACCUUCGGAAGAAUCGUUCAACAGGAACGCCUACAACAAAUCGCUCGACAGUGUGCUUUGGCUCAUUACUAGAUGCCAUGUCUACUUGUCGAAAUACCAGUCAUAGAAAGAAAACAACUUUCUUUCA